AUGAUUAUCACUGGCGAUGACACAGUGGGUAUCUUUAGUCUCAAACAGUUCCUCAGUCACCAGUUUGAGAUAAAAGAUUUGGGUUUACUUAGCUACUUCCUCGGCUUGAAAAUUUCUCAUGAUCCUUAUGGUUACUUUCUCACCCAGGCCAAGUAUAUCUCUGAUCUCUUGACUUGUGUUGGUCUUACCGAUUGCAAGAUUGUUACUACUCUAGUUGAUCCUCAGACUCGUCUCACACCUCUCGAUGGUCACCUAUUAUCUGAUGCUACUUUAUAUCGUCAGCUAGUUGGCGGUCUUGUUUAUCUCACAGUUACUCAUCCAGACGUUGCCUAUGCUGUUCACAUUGUCAGUCAGUUUAUGUCUCCGCACUAUGAUGCUCUAGUUCGCAAUUCGCACUAUCUAAAAGGCACUAUAUUCCAUGGUCUUCACUACUCAACACACUCUUCUCUACAGUUACAUGCAUUUUCUGAUGCAGAUUGGGCAGGGGAUCCUACUGGCUGCUGCUCUACUACAGGGUUCUAUUUCUUCUUGGGUGAUUCUCUCAUUGCCUGGUGUAGCAAGAAAUAA